AUGAAGUCAGCGGUUGCUUUUACGAUUCUGGCCGUCGCCCUCGCCAUUGUCCACGCUCAACAACCGCAGGUCAUUAACCCUGCAUCGAGCCGCGAUGAGAUCGACUGCCCCGAGUACUGCCUCGACGUGUAUGAUCCCGUCGGUGAUGACGAGGGCAACACGUACUCGAAUGAGUGCUACAUGAAGCGCGCAAAGUGUCACAAUGAAACACCCUCUCCUGAGUGGAAGGACCUCCGCGUUAUUAGGAACGAUGGCUCCACUGCCAAGGAAUGCUCGGAUAUCUGUCCUGCCGUUGUGAUGCCCGUCUGUGGCUCUGACGGUAUCGGUUAUGGCAACCCGUGCGAGCUCCAGGCCGCUGCCUGCAAGCACCCCGAGCAAAACAUUGUCGAGGAUCCGACUGGCGACGCAUACUCGUUGUGGCUGCCCAAAUUUGUGGAUGAAUUGAUUCGAGGGAUCGUACGCUACAAGAUUAAAAUCUUCAAAGACCCACCAAAGAAGCCCGUAAAGGCGGAAGAAAAGGAUACUCCUGUCGGUUCUGAAGCGAAACUCGACCCGGUCCCAACGAUUGUUGAAUCUGCGGACAACGCUGCUGAAAACUUGGCAAAAGAGAUUGCGAACACUUCUACGGAUUCACUAGAAUAA